GGGGGGGGGGGUUAGUAAGUUUUAUGGCUAUAGAAUGUGUAUGGACGCCUCAAUACUUUGGAAAUAUAGAUAGUGGAAUUUAAUUUUUUUUAUUGUUGACUUUUCUAGGUGAGCUUAUGCCGUCGUGGUGACGAUGGGUCCUCAAGAGGACUUUGUUGAGACGGUCUUCACUUGUGAAGGAGACAUUAAUGAUCCUGAUCUGAAGAAACGCUUAGAAGAUUUUAGAAGUAGUCUGAAAGAUCUUUUGUCUACAGAUAAAAGGAAAUUAAUUUUGAAGAAAGUGGAGCCCUGGAACAGUGUCAGAGUGACGUUUAACAUCCCCCAGGAGGCAGCUAGGAGGUUAAAGCAGUUAGCACAGCAAGGCGAUGCCACUCUCAGACAGCUUGGUGUUUUAGCUGUUCAGCUAGAAGGGGAUCAAUUAAUUUCACUGACAAUAGCAGGGCGAAACAAUGAACGGACAAAAUUAAUAUUUAAAACUGCUAAUGAAUCUGUCAAUGGAGCAGCAGCAGUGUUUAACAAGGGACCAUCUUCUGGACAACCAGGAGAAUUCAUUGAACCUGGGACUAGUGAGGCUACUAGAAAAAAUAUUGCAGACUAUUUAAAACAAGGACCGCAACUACUAGGGUCUUUUUUAACUCCACAACUUGAUGGUAGGAGAAGCACUGGUCAGGAUAUAUUCAAUGCAGAAGUGCCAACCAGCAAGGCAUUGGCGCCCUCUGGUCCCAAUCCUUUGCAAAGAAAUGGUCCUCAAAGUGUUCCAGAACAAAAUAGACAUCUGCCUAGCAGCAUGGACCAUUCAGGGUUCCCAAUGUUUAUGGACAAUCACAUGAACUUACCUCCUCCUCCGCCCUACCCUGGGAUUCCAGCUACCAGCCCCUUGCUGGUAAAUUUGUUGCAGACUGAUGGGAUGGCAAGCUUUAUUAACAGCAAGAUGUUGCCUCCGACUGAAAGUAGCCCACCUCCUAAAAAGAAACGUAAACCCAGAAAACCCAAGGAGAAAAAUAAGACAGCAACGUUCAAACAACCUGAAAUGGGUGUAGAUAAUAAGAAUAUUCCAAAUCCAGCGUUGGGAUACUGUGGUUUGCCAACAUCAGGAAACAGUGCCAUGAUGGUAACUCAAGCGCUCCCUGCUAGUUCUAUACCAGUAGUGUCAUGUAGCUCAAUACCAGAAAGAGUUGCACACUCCGUUUCUGAAAAAUCAGACUUUCAUCCCAACAUGAGUGGAAAUUUAGGAGUAAAUCCUCAGAAAAAAGACUUUAUGCUCACAAAUAAAAUGCAACACAGACAGACCCAUUCUGACAAUUCAUCAGGGAAGAUAAUUAAUCCUUACACAGGAAUUCUCGAGCCUGUCGAGAGUUCGGAUUCUAGCCCGUGUAAAAGUGAUAACUCUAUGGAUAGUUUCUCUCCCCUGAAGAAAAUGUCUCCAAAGGACAAAAAGGCAGUUGGUCUUGCAAUGUGUACAUCUUCUGUUGUCAAAAGUGUGCAAAGUGCUGUUCCUGCUACAGACAGGUUAAGAAAUAUUCAUGGGUCAGUGCCGAACACCAACGUGGGAUUUUCAUCUAGUCUUCACAUUCAAAGUGACAUUGCUGGCUAUCCUAUCAUAACAUCAACAAAUCCAGCUCCCGUAGGUUAUCCUGGCGUAACGGCGACAGUUAGUGCGCCAACAAUCAGUGCUAGCUUUCCCAAUAUGGCAACAUCUCACGCUGCUGUUGUUAGUGACAGCCAAGUGAGCACUAGGACUGGCAUUAUGGCUUCAUCAAGUGAAAAUGGAUCUCCUGGCAUGAACAAACUGUUGCAUUCAAAUUCUGUAAACUCAUUACAUGAGAGUAAAAAUUCAGAGACAUCUAUCCUCGAACAUAUACCAGUAGCAAAAGAAACACCGAUUAUCACUUCUGUUGCUAGUGGAAACAUUGACCCAUUGCUCAAUAUUUCUCAUCCAAAUCCAGCCAAAAAUCCUCACUUAGGCAGCCAGAUGGACAGUCCAGGAGCAGACUCCGAAAAUUCCAAUCAUGGUAGUUUGUUACAUGACUCUAAUAUGCAAAUUGAGAUGGGUGUUACGAACCCAGCUUGUAGUCUGGAAGGGAAGGGAUACAAUCAUGAUUCAGGAGUGGGGAGUUCCUCUGAACGGUCAGACGACACGCCGUCAGAACCGGGGGAUGACCUGAAGCUAGUGCAUUCAGUAGUGGAGGAGAAUAUUAAAGUUUCGGAUGCAUUGCUUAACAAAGUACAUGUAUCUGCAUCCAAAAUUGUGACACAAUCAAAACUUGUGACAGAAAAUUGUUCUCAAGGGAUAGAAAGUACCAGCAAGAUAAUGACUUCUAAUGAAAGCCUUAAAGUGCAGAAUACAAACAUGGACCUCACAGUGGGGUAUGCAAUGUCUAACUCGCAUGACAGCAAACUUCAGAGAGACAUUUCAACAAUGAUAACAAUGGACAAAGUGUUAAGUCAGUGGACUGAUAAAACUGUAUACAAUCAUAUAGGUAAGCACCCUACAAACACGGUCCUUCAUUGGUCGACCACGGAUAAAUUUAUAUCCAAUCAGAUGGAGACCAAAAAGCACAGUAAUCCUAAAAGUCACACAUCCAGUGAGAUGCACAAACACUCAGCACAUCUGUAUCCUCAGCAGCACGCUAACCAGCACAGUAAAUCAAAGCGGAAAGUGGAGCAUCCACUUCAGCCACAAACACACUUCUUUCCUGAUGUGGAAGGGUCGUAUCAUCCCAUGGUGUCAAGGAGUACUAAUGAGUUACUGCUUCCAAACAACAUUGAUGCCAAUGCAGUGUCAUCUUUCUCAUCCUCAUCCAAUGUGGGUCAAGUGUCGAUGUCAAUGAACAGCAAACAGUGUGACAUUGGGAGUUCAGCCGUGAGCAAGGUUUUGUGCAAUAGUGAUAUCCAUCCAAAUCUACAGUAUUCUUGUGGUUUUGACUCCAACAAUUCCCAAAAUUCUGUGAUGCCCAAAGACAUGCAGGUGCAAAGGAAAUACUCGAGAAGUCCGCAGGAGUUAAAAGGAAAAGCGUGUAUAGCAUCGUCAUCUAACUCGGUUCCACAUCAGGUGGACACGGUUGUAUCCACUUUUUCAAUGGGAAACUCUGUAAUGGAGAAAAGGCUGUAUGGUGAUGUGUCUCAGGGAAGUGUGGAAGCCACACCAAAGACUGUGCACUCGGACUCAAGUCGAAAUGUGACAAACAUGUAUCGACGGCGGUCUCCCACGGGUUCACAUCAACAGCAUUUCUUAAAUCCGGGGUUACCACUGGCUAAAAGCUUGACUGAAUCUGUGCAAAAAGUUGUUAAAGCUCUCCCAUCUAUAGAAAAUUCAACUCUACCUCAUCAACGUAAAUCUCCAUUGAAUUCCUCCUGUAAAGUCUCCUGCUCAUCUUCCCCUUCAAAGCCUGCCAAAGUUAGCGAGAGUAGAUCUUCUGUCAUAGACUCGCUAACAGUGAAGCAGACUAUACCUUUAUCUUCAGCAGCUGUGAUUUCUGAAAUGGACAUGAGUAACUCAGGAGAGUUUGAUAAUUCCCUCCAUGGCUUCAGUGAGCAUAGCACAUCUAGUCAGGGUAUAGAAAAACUUUUACUAUUACAAAACAAUGCUCCACUUCCAGUCUUAGAAAUUGAAUCUAGUCAUGAACUGGAAUUCAGCAAUGUUCCAUUGGAAAAUCACCUGGGAGUUGAAAUUGACUGCAAACAAAAUUUUCAUGAUACAAAAUCACAAAGUCUUCUUGAUAAGUCAAAACCAAGUUCACAAGACUCUUUUAUAAAAGGAGAUAAAUCUAGUAGUAGUGUUGAAUUCUGUGAUAAUGAGCAUGAGCUGACAAUGCUGGAGCAGUCUGCUCAAAGAACUAGUCACACCGACAGUGUAGACAAGGUUAUCUCUAAAACGUUAACAACAUCUGACAGCACAUCCAUUUGUGAACCCGUUACAAAGGAAUCUCAGAUUGAAAAUGAUAAAACUCUGAAUUCAGAUCAUUUAGACAUCAAGACAGACUCGUGUGUAAAAGAUGACAAAGUUAGUACAGAAAUAACGAACAGGGUGAACCACCUACAGAGUAAACUUUCCGAUGCAAAACGUGUGGACGACACAAAUCCAAGCUAUUCCAAGAAUCAUGACACAAAAAUAGUGAGUCCAAAAUCAAGUUCCAAAUCUUCUAAAGGAAACGGGGAGGUGAAUUUCAAAGGGAAGCGACUGGAGGAGAAGGACAUGGAAGUGACCGUUGUUACGAAAGUGACGCCUUCAGAACAGCGACAGCAGGAUAAGGCAGAGCCUACAGUACCGCCCAUCAUUAUCAGAAUGCGGAAAAGCAAUGAAUCCAGUGAUGCUUCUAAAGCCAUUCCUGAAGUAUUGGCAGCUAACAGUGAAGAAUCUCAUCUGUCUAUGACACUCCGAGGGAAAAGCACCGCCAAGAGUCCGGAGGAAGCAGUGCACAACCUUCGGAAACCCCAGAAACAGUCAGCUUUGGAACCGACGGAUUUAAGGGUGGACAAAAAUGCCGAAAAGGACUCCAAUAAAAAUGUAAUAUCUGAUGACGAGUCGCUGAAACGAAAUUUGAGAAAACGUAAGUGUGCCUCUAACGAUGGUGAACCUGAGGCAAAGAAGCCAGUGCUGGAGACCGAGGAGGUGGCAAAGCACACCCGUUCAAAUGAUCUCAAAGACUGUAACACAGUCAGUGUGACCAGCAAGAAGGCAGAUACACUUGUUCUUCAGAAAUUGGAAGAUGAAACUGAAACUUCCCCAGUAGUUGAUGGUGUAAAGUCCGGGUUAAGAGCCCGGAGUAAUACCAAAACAGCAGAGGAGAAACAGAAAGGGGCUGUUGUAAAAGAAGUGAAGAAAUUGAAGACUGAGGACGAAAACUUUUUGAGAAAUAAACAAGUUUUCCGCCAGAAAAAGCUCUCCCCGACUGUUCCUCCUGAAAGGCCUCCAGCAAGUGGGAUAAAUCCCCCCUUCGUGGAAGUCGAACCAGAGGACAGACUUUACCAAAUACAGAUGAAGAUGGAAACAAGAGAUCUACAAGAUCCGCAAAAACUAAAGGUGAAAUCAAAGAUGCAACCGAUACCCUACCUCCCAACAGUAAGCGGCGACGCCCCUCUCGCGAUCACAGAUGAUGGGUGGUUUGAUCGGAUUCAUCUGAUAGACUGUUUGCCAAAUGUAUGGAUGUUGGAUGGCCGCAUAGUGACAUCUGCAGAGAGGUUACAAGUGAAGCACUUUUUCCAAGAUUCAGCAUUAACGUCAAAACCAAUUAGACACAAAUUGUCCAAAGAAUGGUUUAUUCCUACAGCCAGAAAAAAAAUAGAAGUCAGUGGUAUCUAUGGCCCAAAGGCCACCAAAGUCAUGACAAGUUUUCCAGCAAAUGGUGUUCACAAUAUAGAGAUUGACAAGAAGAGACUGAAAUACCUUGGCUACAACAUCCAGGAGGACCUAUUGAUAGACAAGAAGUACACAAAUAGAGAGUUUCAGGUGAUGAGGUACCGGAGGACCUUUAUUGAGGAUCUACUGGAGGCCCGUCCUGAGGACAGAGAGAGGUGUAAUAUGCUUCUGCUAUUUUUAGUGGCCUCGUUGGAAUUUGUUUUACCAACUCAUCUUGUAAAAGAAACAUUGGACACUGCCAAACUAAACAAGAUUGGACAAGUGUAUUCCAUGGAUCUCUUCCUUUUACCUCGAGAUGUCAGGUGUCUUCUGGUGUGUGUCUUACUGGGGGCUGUUAAAAUCGAUAAAGAUGACAAAGAGGAUGGUGGUCUGUAUGAUAAGCUGUACUUGUGUCUUUUCUACACGGUCAGUGAACUGGUCAAGCUCAGUCAUGCUUCCAAUGCCAAACACUCUGCUGUUAAGUCCAAACUCAACACACUGUACUACGAUUACAAAAGUUUGCUAGCAUCAGAAGUCGUUCAACUGCUGUGCAUUGUGCCAGCCUUUUUCCAGUAUGUUGCCAAAGAUGUGGGUGUGAUGAAUUUAGUUGUCACUGCGACUGGGGAUCAUGACAUCAAACAGAAAAUCACGGCUGUGUCAGCCAAUGUGUCACAAGAAGGGGGAGAGGUAAGACGGUUGUAUGAAGAGCUGUCUGAACUCCUUCUGCAGAAGGUUCAGGAACAGUCCCUCAACAUCAGCAACAAAGCUCCAAAGAUGUCUAAGUGUGACGAGAUUCUUACAUCCCGAAGAGCCUUUCCUAUAAGGAAUUCUGGAUCAGUGGAAAUGGCAGAGUUCCAUGCCAAAGGAAUGACUAGUCCAGAGAAGGACCCACCCCGAGUUCUAAGUGCCAAAAGAAGUGCUGAAAGAAACCAAAAGAAAUUUCCACAUCUUGGGGACCCUUUGCUUCUUGGACCACAGACCCUUGGAAAGAUUGUGGGUCUUCCACAGCCAUUUGUCGCACUGGUAGCAAUGGAUUCUGUGCCAGUUGCUAAUGGUGCCAUGGAAAGUAAGCUCAAGGUUAGCGAGGAUCAUUACACAUACGUUAACAUGGAACAGCUGAUGUGGGACGAAGCCCUGUCCUUCUGGAAACCAAAGGGUGCAAUUGGAGACAGACUGACACUUCACACGGUGGAGGAUCUACAGCGGGAGCUGGAAUUAAAAGCAAGCUUGGCUGACAAGAUAAUGAGACCUAAUACCCCAGACUGGAUGACCACCAAUGACCCCAACACCCCCCUCAUAUACUCCCCCCGGGUACCCCCAAUCACUCCCCCAGAAACCCCCAAAACAAAGCAUUACGAGUUGAUCAUGGGAAUUUUGCCAGAUCGUCUAUUUCGUCAUGUUACUAUAUUCAGGUCCCUGAACACAACACCAAGACCCAUGUCCUCAGUUCUAAAAGACAAAUUGGACCUGAAGUUGGAAAUGAGUCGGCGAGCCAUGUCUGCUGGAGGGGCACUGGAGCGGAACCAUCCAGUGCGGAGCGAGGUCCGCGUUCCUGAAUAUACAGAAGAAAUACACACAACUCCAGAACCGGCGAAAAAAGAGACCAGCACAGAAAUGGAGCAGCCACAAGAAGAACAUCGAGAGGAACACGGGGAACACACGACCAGUGACUCCUGUCUACACUGUGCGCUGGAGGCAGCCAUGUCCGGAGACAAACUCAGUCAGGACAAUGAACGAGGUCCUCCUACAGAAGAAGCACAAGAGGAGACCAAGGAACACAAUCAAAGAGGUGAAGAGGGAAAUUCCUCUGAGAAUCGAGUUACAAGUGAAGUCAAGUCAGAGGAGUCAGCUGGAAACUCCCACCCCCACCCCAGGGACCCAGUCACCCCACCCGAGGGAACAGAGAAAAAGCAGAAAACAGAAGAGGCCCUGGCAGUCACAGGUCUGACCCUGAAGAUGCAUUCUGGAGAAGAUCAGGGUACACCCAGGGCCAACGGAGAGACAACCAGUCGUAGUGAUCAGGUUAAAGGGGCAGGAAAUCCAGGGUCCACUAGUAGUCGACAAGGCACACCUAGGACUGGACAAAGACCUUCGUCAGGGAAGAAGCAGCUUAGCACCCGCCCAUAUAGCGCAAUGGAUGCUUACCGUUAUAUCGUGGCACAUCCCAUAAAACAAAACGUGGAAAGUGGAUACAACACGUCGUACCAGAGACAGAGGACAGAGGCAUGGAAACAAACAACAGCCAAAGCAUCAUCAAUGGAGGACGUAAUUAAAGUUUCCGUGGUACCUGUCGUUACAAAACCGGAAGGAAGGAGAAAAUCACCACCACCUCAGAGGCCCUCCUCGCCUGCUGCUAUUAUUAGAAUCCAGUCUUCCAAUCAAGAAAGCCCUACUUCAAGACCUUCUAGUGCACUUCAUGUCAAGGUGGGAUCUGAUUGGCUGGCUGGAGGUCGUGACCUUUUCUUUGAAAAUAUUCAAAAGAGACCAAGAUCAGGACAUGUACCUGGCUGGAAAGAUGGGCUCCCUGAAAGCAUGAAGCGACCACGAUCAGCUGUUGCUAACAGAACUCUGAGGCGCUCCAGGGCAUCUACACCAAUCACACCCUCCUCACUGCUGUAUGAAAGCAUGCUCCAUGGUUAUCCGACUCCCAAUGGAUCCCUCCCAGAAUUAACUGACCUCUCUGACUACCCCCACUCCUUCGGCAGUCAACGUAUACGCAUGCUUGGUACCCCUCAGGGGGGCCAGGCCGAGUUUUACACAACUCCACCACACGAUACUGUGUAUAGGUUACCUUUUUUGAUCUCGCCGUAUCUCGUUGUUAUAAUUGACUUUCUGCAGAUGUCACGUGACAGGUGCGAUUUUCGAGUUGACAACUGCAAGUUCCAUGCCGAUGGAUGAGUAAGAAUUUAUACAAAUCUGGAUCCAAAUGCGGAAUACCUUAGCCAGAUUUUGACCAACAUCAGGAUCAAUCCUACUGAAAUUGAGACAGUUCCUCAACUAGCUGAUCCGGGUUUGCCUAGAAAUUCAAGUUUUCAUUCUGCUAGUAUGGAAGGACAGGCUAUUUAUGCUGAGACGUUGAACAGCUGGAGUGAUAUGAACAGCUAUGAUCCCUUUGGAACCACCGAUGUUCUGAAAGCCUCACAGGAACCUGUUGAGAAUGCAAACACGAGAUCCAAACCUUCAUACUCUGAAAUUGCUAAGUCUCUUAAAUCUAAACCCAUCCAAAGCAAGGAAAAGGAAGAGGUUGAGUCUACCAUGAAAAAGGUUACGGAACCAUCAAGUGGGAAGCAUUACAAGUCAUUUAGUCGUAGAGGUUCAAAUUUACAGAAGCAACAUUCAAAAGGACAUAUCAAAGUUUCUGAUGACAUGGAAUCCAGAGUCAAGCCAAAUUCUAGAUACGGUUUGGACAAGUUUGAUGAAGUUGGUAAGACUGAGGCAGGUAAUCUCAAAAGUGAUAGUGUGGAGAGUAUUCCGUUGCUGUCGAGGAAAGGGAGCACAAGCAGUGUCAGCAGUGGGACCAGUGGAAUAGAAGAAAUCCAUUUGUCUAAAGGACCCACUGUUGGUGCCAAGAAGGACAACUCUGCACAGAAGACAAAACAGGAAGGGAAACAGAAGACCCAGGAGGCAAAACCUGACGAGAAACCUUUCUUUGAUCCAAGAAGAAUAUUUCAACAGAAUAAGUCUCCAAAGGAUGCCUCCAAGAGCUCGAUGGAUUCUACUAUCUUGAAUAAUGGUAAACCUAUGGGAAGGUCCAAGUCAACCUCAGAAAAUCACAGAAAGUCCUCAGAUUACAUCAAUAAUGACCUCAGAGAUGCCAAGAAAAAGACCAACCAACCCAGCUCCAACAAGGAGAUGGAGAAGAAAGAAAAUUCUGCUGUUGGUGGAACCAAAAAUGACAGAAAGCAGAGAAAUACCUCGGCCCAAACUGAUCUACAAAUGCCCCGGAGGAAGAAGGGAGCGAGGCAUUCACAACAGCAGUAUUCCUUUGAUCAGGAGUAUAUUGAUGAGUGGAUAAAUUAUGUGUUGGAGAAAACUAAGAAAGGACUAGCCUCUCUCUGGUCUGCCUUCAUUACCUGUGUGCUGAUCCUGCUGGGUGUUCUCGUGUAUCUUGUGACAUUGUGUGUUCACUUCAUAACAUGGACAUGGGGCAAAGUAUCAAUGGUUGUAAAGACAAAGUUAUUUAAAAAGUACUUUGACAAAUAUUCAACUUCUGCAAGCCAAGAGUCAGGGCCAAGGAUAGGACUGGAAUGCAAUAUAGAACUUCCUUCAACAGGUGAAGAAGCCAUGCAGCGACUGCUAGCCUGCAAGGGAAAAGACCCAUAUAGCAUUUUAGGAUUAAGAUAUGAUGUUUCUGAUGAAGAAGUAAAAAGAUAUUAUAGGAAACAAGCUGUACUAGUCCAUCCAGAUAAGAAUACUCAGCCAGGUGCUGAGGAGGCCUUCAAGAUCCUGGGACAUGCCUUUGAAUUGAUAGGAGAACCUGAGAAGCGUAGACAGUAUAAUUGUCAAAUGGAGGAGGCAACUCAAGCGGAAGCAGCCAUGAGAGAAUUUAAUGACCUACUUACAAAGCUUCAAGAUAAGAUUCAAGAGGCAGCCAAUCUGAUGCGUUGUGAUAACUGUGGAGGGAAACAUAAAAGAAUACCUAUUGAUAGGCCUUGGUACAGCUCUCGCUUCUGUAAACGGUGCAAUAUACGACAUUCAGCCAAAGAGGGUGAUGUAUGGGCUGAAACAUCAGUGUUUGGAUUUUUAUGGCAUUACUUCGCAUGUAUGGAAGGAAAGAUUUAUGAUAUUACAGAAUGGGUCUCUUGUAAGAAGGACUACUUCAAGCAUAUACAACCCAACGCCCACCAUGUAUUUUACAGAAUUGCUACUGAAGGAGGCCGAACUCCGAACAAUAAUCAACAGCAUGGGAGAUCAGGGGAAGCAGAUUUAGAAGACUUCAUAAACCACCUCUUUCAUCAAGCAAUGAGUACGGAACAAAAUGGCAACGCUCAGUGGCAACCUCCUUCCUCACAGAGUCCUCCCCCAAGCCAAGGCUGGGGCAGCACGGCCAACGCUGCAAAGAAAGCUCGACGUCGGAAGAAAAAACACUAGAUAAAACACUGCCUUAAUUAACAGUUUAUCAAGUAACAGUUUAAUUGUGUGGAAGUGAUUUGUAUUUUUCUUCAUCGUCUCAUUCAGUUAUAUGCAAACAAAGGUGUUGUUUGAGGUUUUUUUCUGUAAACAUAUCAGUUUAUUUUCACCGACUAAACUGCAUAUUUUUUCAUGUAGACAUCAUGUAACUAAAGCAUUUGGUAUUUUACUCUAUUGUGUCAACCUGUGGUAAUGUAUUUGAAUUUUUAUGAAAUAUUCUUAACAUUUUGGAUUCCUCGGAAAUCUGCAGACUGUUUUGUGUCAGACCUUUAUAGUCUUGCCAUGUGUAUGAUGCUUUCCGUUUGUGAGGUGCUCGACUGCGGAUCAGAGGUGCCAAAGGGAGUGGGAUGUGUUAAUACUAAAAAACACAGUAGUAUUUUACUGAAGUCGUCUCCAUGAUUAUGGAAAUAUACAUGUACAAACAUUUAUUUUGGGUUUCUUGAUAGGGAAUAGGAAAUUAAAACUCAGGAGUGUAGCUAUUUAGUGCUUUGAAGUAUUUAGUUCCAAAAUUUAUUGUACUUUUUACUAAAAUGAAAUGUCCCCUACACAACAUGGAGAUUCAGAUGUUGCUCCCCCCAGGCUUUUCAUUUCAUCAUUCGCUAACUUGAUCUUAUUCUAGGAAGGAAAGUUCUCUCGAUAAAAUUUGACAAUGUGUAUGAAUUUUGAAUGUUGUUUCAUAUCCACUCUGUUUAUAUGUAUGUAUGCUUCGAGACAUAUUUCUCCAAAUUUUAUUAUGAAAAGUUAUAGUGCUGUUUGAUAUUGUAAAAACUUUUAUGAUUAUUGCAGAAUGGUUUGAUAACAAACUUACAGACUUGAAAUAAAUUUAGACAAUUUAA